UCAGAGAAGAGCACAUCCCAGCCUCACAGGGACAAAAAUAGAUUUUAUCAGCAAAGACAACGAACAAUAACUAUGUGGGUGCUUGAGAAGAUCAAGGAGAGCAUGGAGAACAUUCCUCUGGAGCUGAGUCGCUACAUGGGAAAGAGUGAGGAGGACAUCUUUUCACCUUUUAAGACCACCCUCACCCAGAAUCUGCACAUCAACAUCCUCACCCCAGAAAAGAUCCCGGAGUUCUGCCUGCCCCCACGGCUUUGCAAGGGAAGCCCAUUGCCAGAAAAUGAGAAACCUCUACAGCACCCGCAAGAUGACAACCAGAUACCUAAGAGUGGUCCAUCUUCAAAUGCUAUACAUGUAAAGACAAAAGAUGCGAAGACAAAGAACUGUGACGCAUCUGUGGUUUGGAAGGCUACGAAGAAACCGAUGCCGUUCUCUGCGGAGAGUUAUGGCCUGGCGGGGAUGUAUGAGAGCCCCAACACUCGAAGGAAAGAGUCUUUGUUCCACUCAAAGCGCCCCGUGUACGUGUUUGAUAGAAGCCUUCCCACCAGAGCACCCAGGCAGUCAAAGGAGACAAAACUGCCCAAGAAAAGCACUUCUGGGUUUCUCCCACUGUUUUCACACAAGAGUCUGACAGAGGCAGGAAGCACAGAAAGUGAAACACUUUCUUCCAGUGACUCCUCUCCCCUCAGUUCUUCUUACAGUGGCAAGUCAUCCCUCUGUGUCCCAACAAGAAGUGGCCGCCUUAAAGGGGCAGUGUCAUGCCCUUCGUUAAUUGACAGCAAGGAGGACAGAGGGCGAUGGAAGCGAGGGGGUUUGAGUUUAACAACCUCUCCCAGUUUAGAAGAAAACUCACACACCCUAGCCCCACCUGUCCUCUUCCCAAUGGACGUCCUGCAGUGCCAGGAGAGACUUCAGCGUGAGCAUGUCAUCCCCUUGCAGGGCCGGGGCCGAGUGCGCAUCUCCGCUGAGCACUCCACAGUCUCCACCGAUACGUCGUCACCCUUCUCCACAGUCAGAGUGCGUGUGGUGUCUGUCGAAGGCCUGUGGGACGCCACUGACCGGCAGACCCUGAACUGUGUCGUGAAUCUGUGUCUGACACCCGGGAAGCUGCAGCAACAGGAGAGCGCCACCAUCAGGAACUGUCGCAGCCCUGUGUUCAAUGAAGAUUUCUUUUUCACAGAGCUGAGUCGCAAGGAUCUGUUGGAGUUGCACCUCAGAUUAAAAGUUGUGAAUAAACCUGCUGCUGGAGCACUGAGGAGAGGGGCUGUGAUUGGAAUGAUCACUAAACCCCUAUCUCAAUUGCUCCCUUUUAACAAACAAAGAGAAGAAUAGGGGUUUUGUUUAUUAUUUGAGUGGUAGUUUUAAGUAGGAUGACCACAGCAAGUGAUAUGCACAUGUGACAAUAACGUCAACAACCAGUAUCUCAGACCUGAUAUUGUUCUCUGAUGUGUAAAUAUUGGACAUUGGGCAGGUUAUCCAGAAACAUGACUCUACAAUAAAUAGUGUACACUGGAGAUAAUGUCAACUGUUACUGUACUCAUCACUGGGAUCCAACAGGCCAAACAAGAAAAAUAAAAUCAAUGUUUACAAUUACACAGACAUUUUAUUGUCAUUUUAUUAUUAUUGUACUUGUAGUGUAUGAUGAAGUCAUGUCCUUGUAAUGCUUUUGUAGUGCUGAUGAAUAUGUCAUAGAGGUUACUAAAGAAUCUUUGUUGUUUUCAAUAAUUUGUGACUAUGGACUAUUAUUCACAAGAUCACAUGCUUUAGAAACAGAUUGGUCUUAUCAGAGUAUAUCUCUCUUGUCUUAUAUUUAUUCUCUCCUGGAAACAGGAUUAGUACCUUACAUGAAAUGUAAACAAAGCAUAUUUAAUUUGUGAACUGUGUCAAUAUUGUCUAAUUAAAAAUGUUUUGAAACAAUGGAAUGAUUGAAGGCAUAGACGUCAUUAUUCAUAAUGAAUUUACAA